AAAAAAGGGGGGGGAGGGGCGGCCUCCGGGCUCCGUGAUUGGUCGGCUCGGCUGUCAAUCAAUCGCAGGCGGCUCCGCAGCACCUCCCACAGACGCACAGCGGCAGCGCAGCUCUCGCCGACCAUGAUAUUCGAGGCACUUGCGGCUCGUCUGCAGCAGUAGGAGAAAAAAGAGGAGAGAAAAAGGAGCGAGCCUCACCUCCUCAAACAGCGAGUGAGGUAGGGAACAGAGGAGAGAAAAAAAAUAAAUAAAGAGAGAAAGAGGAAGAGAGAGGAGAGGCUGUGGAGUUUAAAAAGAAAGACUGCGGCGGCUCGGACCUCCGGCUAUAGGAGCGUUUUUUUGAAAAUUGUCUGCGCUUUAUCACAAAGUGUCUAAUUUCCACGCAGAUUUCGACAUGUCAUCGUCCGGUAAAGACAACAGCGGCGCCCAACACGCCAAUUACGUGGGACCUUACCGUUUGGAGAAGACGCUCGGGAAAGGACAGACAGGGUUGGUCAAACUUGGAGUCCACUGUGUAACGUGCCAGAAAGUCGCCAUAAAGAUUGUCAACCGUGAGAAACUCAGCGAGUCGGUACUAAUGAAGGUGGAGCGAGAAAUAGCGAUCCUGAAGCUCAUAGAACACCCGCACGUUUUAAAGCUACACGACGUCUAUGAAAAUAAAAAGUACUUGUACCUUGUGCUAGAACACGUGUCUGGUGGCGAGCUGUUCGACUACUUGGUGAAGAAAGGCAGGUUAACGCCUAAAGAGGCCAGGAAAUUCUUCAGACAGAUCAUGUCUGCCUUGGAUUUUUGCCACAGUCAUUCCAUAUGCCACAGGGAUCUAAAGCCAGAGAACCUGUUGCUAGAUGAAAAGAACAACAUCAGGAUAGCGGACUUUGGAAUGGCCUCCCUGCAAGUUGGAGAUAGUCUGUUGGAAACCAGCUGUGGAUCUCCACACUACGCGUGUCCGGAGGUCAUCAGGGGAGAGAAGUAUGACGGGAGGAAAGCAGACGUCUGGAGCUGUGGGGUCAUUCUUUUUGCUCUGUUGGUGGGAGCUUUGCCGUUUGAUGACGACAACCUAAGGAAUCUUUUGGAGAAGGUGAAAUUGGGGGUGUUUCACAUGCCACACUUCAUACCUCCGGACUGUCAGAACCUUCUCCGCGGCAUGAUUGAAGUGGAUGCCGCCAAAAGACUAACGUUAGAACAGAUCCAGAAGCACACGUGGUACAUAGGAGGCAAAAACGAGCCAGAGCCAGAGCAGCCGGUGCCCAGGAAGGUGACCAUCCGCAGCCUUCCCUCCGCAGACGACAUCGACCCAGACGUCCUGGACAGCAUGCACUCCCUGGGCUGCUUCAGAGACAAAAACAAGCUGCUGAAAGACCUCCUCUCCGAUGAUGACAACCAAGAGAAGAUGAUCUACUUCCUGUUACUGGACCGUAAGGAGAGGUACCCCAGCCAGGAGGACCAGAACCUCCCCCCUCGCAAUGAGAUCGAUCCUCCGAGGAAGCGAGUGGAUUCUCCGAUGUUGAAUCGUCACGGCAAGAGGAGACCGGAGAGGAAGUCCAUGGAGGUCCUCAGUGUCACAGACGGCGGCUCACCUGUACCGGCCAGGAGGGCUAUCGAUAUGACACAGCACGGACAAAGGUCGCGGUCUAUUAGCGGCGCCUCCUCCGGCCUGUCCACCAGCCCCCUCAGCAGCCCGCGGCCUGUUAGAAAGUUCUGUGUACCACCUCAGUCACCAGAUUUGUCCCAGUCCCCUAACACGAGCCCCUGUCCCUCCCCCGAGCCUGUUCCGAAUCGCACAGGCCCACGCAUCUCCACCCCCAACUCGCUCGCUCCCAACAGCGAGCCCCUGCCGGCAGAACUCAACAAGACACAGACGCUCCCGGCCAAGCCCAAAGUCGUCCCGAAGCCCCUCCAGGCCACGCGAUCGAACCCGCUCCCCGAAACGUCUCCUGAUCCAGAGCUUGCAGCCAAAUCUGAACCCUCCACUCCCUGCCAGCUUCCAUUGCACCCACCCUCUGCCUCUGUGCCUCCGACCCCAACUUCCCCGUGCUCCCCAACUCCCCCCUUUUCCACUUCCAUCACGAGUUCUCCCAUCCCGAACAGCCCCCAGGUGCGGCGCUCCCAUUAUGCCGCCAACCCCCAGCUCUCUGUGCCCUUCAGCCCUGUGGUGCCCCUGUCGCCCAUUCGGCUGCACCACUUCCACCCCGUGGCGCCGGUCCCUUCUCCGUUUGCUGACCACCCACCCAAAUCUAUCCCCCUCAUACAGGUUACCCCUCACCCCUCCCCUCGAGGCAGUCCCCUCCCCACCCCAAAGGGCACCCCAGUGCACACUCCCAAGGACAGCCCGGCUGGGACGCCUACUCCAACGCCGCCCCCAAGCCCCUCCAUUGGAGGCAUGCCGUGGAGGACGCGGCUCAACUCCAUCAAGAACAGCUUCCUUGGCUCGCCACGCUUCCACCGCAGGAAACUCCAAGUUCCCACGCAAGAGGAGAUGUCCAGCCUCACGCCAGAGUCUUCCCCAGAACUUGCCAAAAAAUCCUGGUUCGGUAACUUCAUCAACCUGGAAAAAGAGGAGCAGAUCUUCAUCGUCAUCAAAGAUAAGCCUCUCAGCUCCAUCAAGGCAGACAUCGUUCAAGCGUUUCUCUCGAUUCCCAGCCUGAGCCACAGCGUGAUAUCUCAGACCAGUUUCCGAGCAGAGUACAAGUCCACUGCCGGCCCCACAGUCUUCCAGAAGCCGGUGAAAUUUCAGGUGGAUAUCACUUACACAGAGAGCACAGCAGCCACGAAGGAGAACGGCAUCUACUCCGUCACCUUCACCCUGCUCUCAGGACCAAGCCGGCGCUUUAAGAGAGUAGUAGAGUCAAUCCAGAGCCAGUUGUUAAGCACACAUGACCAGCCUGGGGUCCAACAGCUAUCCGGCAGCCCAUUGAGUAACUUCUUUGACGUAAUUAAACAACUUUUUUCAGACGAGAAGAACGGACAGGUGCCCUUCCCCUCUGGCACGCCGUCCAAGCACUGCCCCUCACCCAUGCACGUCCGGAGGCACGAGCCGGAAAAUAAUGACACCAAAUUCCCGGCCGCGGCCCGAGACAGAGCCAAGUUGUCGGUGGCGUCUGUGGGGACACAGGAGGAGUCUUAGGCCGAGGCCAUGUUUUAGUCGAACCAGUGCUAAAACCAUCCCAGUAUCACUAUAAGAGAGAAGGUUCUAUCUGUACAUAGCUGGAUGUACAUAAUCAUUUUGUAUGAAUUACUUUAUAGAGAUAGAAAUAUAUUGAGAGAAUCAAAGUGAUAUUUUACGCAUACUGCACCUACAAACACAAACACAAUCCCUUCCCUCCAUCACCACCAUCACUAACUCCUCCCACUCCAUCACUAACCCCUCCCACUCCAUCACUAACCCCUCCCACCCGAGCCAUCCAAUCACUCGAGGCCCAUGCUCUGUUUUUUUUUCUUUUCUUGCACCCUUCUUGCUGCUGCUAACCUUUGUGAUGACCUGACUUGUUUCUGACACCAGGAAUUAUCCAGAAAACCUAUUAAAGUCCCUCCUCCUGCUCCCCCACCCCCCGCUACAUUCGUCCUCCGCCCCGUCCUGCCCCCCUCCCACUCCACCUCGAGCGCUCCAGGAGAGACGGACAUUUGUUGACGGAGAACUGCUUUUAGAGGUGCGCGCCCCCCCUCCCCCUCCACCCUGAGAGGAGAGGAGGGGAGGGGAGGGGGUUACCAUGGAAACAGACCCUUCACGCAGACUUCUACCCUUCAUCUUCCUCCAUCCGCAACCUCCUGCUCCACCUCUGGCCGCCAUCAGUAGAAGAGGUAGAUUAAAAAACCCCGUAGUGUUGCUCCAGUCCGCCCUCACCAGCCGCCACCUUUCUACCCUCUUCUUCUUUCAGUUCAAGGAACAAAUUUGUCAAAAAACGCACUACAUAGGAAAAACAAAAAACAUAUACAUGCACAGGUCCAGUAUGCACAGAAAACUCUGGGAUGUAUUAACACUGACAAACAACGUUUAAGAAAAUAAAAGAAAAAAAAAAGAGACACACGAGGAGGAGAGAAGGGGGAGGAGUUUUGUGGAAAAGCCCACACAAGCCGACACAGAUGCUUGCUGGAUUGUAAUCGUUUGCUUUUUAAUGUACUUUCUUUGUGAAGAACCGGGUUUGAAAUACUGACUUUAUUAGACUUAAUACUAUAUUGCUGCAAAACGGACUGGAAUCGUGAUUUCAGAGAGGAACGGGGUGAGAGCUGAACAAAGGACGGGGACAGAUGCAUUGAUAGUAUAGAGUUGGGGUUUGGGGGGAGGGGGAGGUGGGGGAGGGAUGUGGGUAUUUAAAAUGAAUGAUCUAUUCUGUUGUACAGACUGAUAUCAUUUCUUAUGUAAAAAAAAAAAAAGAAAGAAAAAAGAAAUGUCUAGUUGUGACACGAUGUUUAGAUACAUGGGAACAGGUUGGUGAACCUGCGCCUGCCACAUGAUGUUUUAAAGUUUAAAUUCUUCUGUGUAUUUUUGUUACAUGAUCACUUCUGUCUUUGUUCGAUUUAUUGACCCGACGACGAUCCAAACAUUCCUGUUUCAUGUUAUCUGCGGCACUUUGUCUUUGGUUUUUCCAUUCAUACCUCUCUCUUAGUCUCACUUACCAGCAGUAGGAGUAGAGGAAACACACACACAAAAAAAAUAACAGUAAUAAUAAUAAUAAUGUGAUAAAUGCAAUUGUGGAUAUUUUUGUAUUGUUGUCCUUAAUUUAUUCAUGUUUGUUCAUCUCACUGUUUGAUUUCCUAAUUUAUUAUAACUUGGCUAUUUAUAUGAACAGAGCUGUUAGGUCAGUUGAAUGUUAUUUAUUACCCUCUUGUGUGUUCGUUAAUGGGACAUUAACAUUUUGAAGAAAAAGAAAAUGAACUUUUUUUUUUUUCCUUCUUCUGUUUUUGGUCCGACUUUAACAGAAUUACGUGAACUUUGACAAGUCACAAAUUCUCUCUUCCCCGACCUCUGUGAAAGAGGGAAAGAGAACUUGUGGGAACUCUCAAAAAAAAAAAUGAUUUACCAGUAAUUUAAGAAUGUAGACUUAGCCUCUUUUUGGAGAGGGAAUAUGCUCUUCUAUUGAUAUUUGUCAGUUUCAUAUUAUUGUGCGUGUAGGCCAGGCCUGAGGAGAAGGACGCCACAGAUCCCAAUCUGCUUCUUCUCUUUUUGUAAAUAGACAGACGAGCCGUGGGGGUUGAUUGUCUUCUCAACCGUGCUGGGGAUUCCUGCUCUAUGCUUUUAGCUUGUAUUGCUGUGUGCAUGUCAAACAUGAGCUUUUCUUUGCAUGGCUUUAGUGUUAUUGUUCCAUGCCAAACUCACUCCUUCUCUCAGCCUUCAUCGAUUCUCUCCUUUCUCUCCACAAAACUACCUUUUAAAGUUUAAAUUCCCUUCUUCUGUCCCUUAAUUUCCGCCCUCUCUGUUUUUAUUUCUGGCCUUCUUUUUUUAUCGUCCCCUUUGGUCCUGCUGAUCUUUUCCUUCCUCCUCCUCCUCCUCCUCCUCCUCCUUAUCUCGUGCACAACAUUUUUGAACGAUGCUUCCUUUACUCUGUCCCUCUCUCUGGAAGGCUUUGGGAUCUGGGAUCUCUCUACCUGUUGGUAGACGAGGCGCAGAGAGGGGAUACCAGUACUACAAACACAAAGCAAUACCCUGAUGUUCACCCUCCUUUCUGUUUUCUACAAUGGGAAGCUAGCAGCACUAAGGACAUCCAAUGAUUCUGAGGCCCAGAGGGGUCUUUGGUCUUUUGACAGAGCAGGAAUAAAACUGACUGAUGUAAUCCCCAUAUAACAUAACUGUGAGCAUCUUCAGUGCUGAAACAAAUAAACUCAUUCAGUUAU